GUAACAGUUUGGACUCCUUCAAUUUAGAUCAUUUAGAUUAAGUCUGUGCUUUGGCUUUGGAAAUAUGACUCGUGGGUUCUGUUUCAGUCAACAAUUUUGGUUGAAGGAAGAGAAGAAAAUUAAAUGAAACCACUGAAAGGCACUACCUCUCUGACCGUUCUGACCAGUGGGUGAUGAAAUAAUAUAACACUAACGAUAGAGCAGCCUGUGAUUCUUUUUGUUGUUGCGUGCAACUCAUUGUGUAAUCUGCCAUCAGUGUCCUCACCCGCCCUGCCUGUCACAUGUCACCUGGCUUUACAUAACAAACAUACCUGCACUUUCUCUUCUAGGCCUGGGAAAACAAAAUCAUCAGACUGAGACUGAAAUAGAAAGUCAAGAGGAGUGGAUUCUUAUAAACGGAUAAGUUAAGACACGACAAUCAGUGAAACUGAUCAGAGAUUAUUGCCAUCAGUAUCACACAAAUGCUGUGUGACAUGAACGGUUGCGGGAAAUCUACUUUUUAUGAAGCUUGAAAGGAAGCUCUCCUCAAAAAUCAUCCAUUCUUCUUCCUCUGUGUUAUUGUUGUUUCUGCAGGGUCCAUGUGCACACACCCUACGUCAGGGCCGCAUUUUCAAAACAAGAAAUGUGGCUAGGCCAGACAUGUUCUGCAGCCAGUAAGCAGCAGGUCACAGCUCAUUGGUCGGUGAGUACCUGUGAGUAGAGCAGUCAUUGGUCGAGCAGCACUUGUGUGGUGAAGAGCAGACAGACCUGAGACACAGACACAGUGUGUGAGCGGCAGGAUGGGCUCCAGCCGCAGCCGCAUGGACGACAUCCCACACGCCCAACAACUCAUCCAUGAGACCGACUUCUCGGCUGCUCACCUCCUCCGUCUGCAUCAGAGAUUCAAGUUCCUGGACAAAUAUCAGACAGGAGAGCUCCGGCCUCGGGAUUUUGGAGCCAUUCCAGCUUUGGCCCUGAACCCCAUUGGUGACCGAAUCAUUGGUGCCUUCUUCUCCCCAGGACGGGAAACACUGGACUUUCCCUCCUUUGUCAGGAUUCUGGCUCAUUUCCGUCCCACAGAUCCAAACCGAAGCAGAGACAGCACGCAGCAGGAACUGGCCAAUAGCAGGACCAGGAAACUGAAAUUUGCCUUCCAGUUGUACGAUCAGGACAGAGAUGGAAAGAUAUCCAGAGCUGAGCUUCUUCAGGUGCUGCGGGCCAUGCUGGAGACACAGGUGGUAGAGGAGCAGCUGCAGAGCAUCGCAGAACGAGCCAUCCAGGAGGCCGACCUGGACAAAGACGACGCCAUCUCUUUCGACGAGUUCAGGAGGUCGCUGGAGAAAGUGAACAUUGAUCACAAGAUGAGUAUUCGCUUCCUGAAGUAAAGACGGGUCAUCUGCUCAUCUGAGGAAGAAGCAACAACAAGAAAACGAGAAAACUGAAGUUUUUCUGCCUCAAAAAUGACAAGCUCAGGGUACGACUGCUUCAGUGCUUUAAAAAACGGCAACACUAAACUUAAAUCAAUUAUUUGACAAUCCAGUGUAAAAAUCCAAGUACAGGACUUCUAUGAUCCACUUUGUUGUACAUCUGUCCCACUGAUUUAUUCAACAGAGAUCUAUGAACACAUUUCAAUUGUUUGUCUGCAUUUUAAUGAGGAAAAUCAUAGAUUGUCAUUCCAGUGAAAGUGCAGAUUAGUGAGUUGUGUAUUAUUGUUAAAUAACUUUAUUGUCUUUGUUUUCUUGUUCCCAGUCUCUGAAUGUUUCACACACCAAUCUCUGUUUUCAUCAAUAAAUAUUUAUGAAUCCUA